CCCCUCUCCCCCCCCCCCUGCCCGCCCCGGGGAGCGGCGCGCGGGGCGCGGGGCGGCGCGCGCCAUGGCGGGCCCCAGCCUGCGGCCGCACGUGCACUGGGCGCAGCGGCACCGCGAGCUCUACCUGCGCGUGGAGCUGAGCGACGUGCAGAACCCGGACGUCGCCAUCACCGACAACGUGCUGCACUUCCGAGCUCAGGGUCAUGGUGCCAAAGGGGACAACAUCUACGAGUUUCAGAUCGAGUUCCUAGAACCCGUUGAGCCCAAACCUGUGUGCAGGGUGACUCAAAGGCAGCUGAACAUCACUGUGCAGAAAAAAGAGAGUAACUGGUGGGAGAGACUCACCAAGCAAGAGAAGCGCCCGCUCUUCCUGGCUCCCGACUUCGACCGCUGGUUGGAUGAAUCUGAUGCUGAAACUGAGCUGAGGGAGAAGGAAGAAGAAAAGAUUAACAAAAUGAAAAUAGAAUCCAGAGUCCCAAAAGACCCUUUCAGACACCUGAAGAAAGGAUACUUAGUCAUGUAUAAUCUUGUACAGUUUUUGGGAUUCUCUUGGAUUUUUGUGAACAUGACAGUACGACUGUUCAUCUUAGGAAAAGAUUCCUUCUACGAUACAUUUCACACUAUUGCUGACAUGAUGUAUUUCUGUCAGACCCUGGCAAUCAUGGAGAUUGUGAAUUCCCUCAUAGGACUAGUCAGAUCACCACUGGCACCUACUGUAAUGCAGGUAUUUGGAAGAAGCUUUAUUUUAUUUGUUAUCCUUGGAGGCCUAGAGGAAAUGCAGAGCAAACCUGUGGUGUUCUUCGUAUUUUAUUUCUGGAGUAUCAUCGAGCUCUUCAGGUAUCCAUAUUAUAUGCUUUCAUGCAUUGGUAUCGAAUGGAAACCACUGACCUGGCUCCGUUACACUGCCUGGAUCCCUCUCUACCCCUUAGGAGGCUUGGCAGAAGCUGUCUCCAUCAUUCAGUCCAUUCCAAUCUUCAGUGAAACAGGGAAGUACAGUCUGGCAUUGCCAAACCCACUGAACGUCACAAUCCAGUUUUCAUUUUUGCUUCAAAUAUGCCUUAUAGCCUUGUUUUUAGGGGUAUUUCUAAACUACCGUCAUCUCUACAAGCAAAGGAAACAGCACCUUGGACCAAAGAAGAGAAAGAUGAAGUGAAGGACUGCAGUGCUUUCUUAUCAAACUUCUCUCAAGUACAAGAUAAGCCUCUAAUUCUCAUGGUUUUACUCCCUGUAAUGUAAAGAAUUUUGUAAAAUUAAAUGAUCGCAUUAGAUUUCGUGAUUUCAUAGUGAAUUCAGGUAACAUUCCCAUAUCCUGUAUUUUGUUCCCUCUCAAUCACCUGUGCAUGACAUUUACCAGUGAACAGUAACACUUAAACUUGUAUCCUGUCAACUACCAUAUUAGAAAGAAAUCCUAUUAUCUGCAUAUAAUAUGCUUAUGAACAGUGGAGCAGCACUAAAUAGAAAUAGUGUUUAUCUUUUAAUUGGAGAUUUGCUCUUUCACUCUUGCAUGCAGAUAGGGCUUCUGAUGUUGGGAUAUCCUGUUAGCUGGCCCUGCUGUUCCUUGGUGCAUCUUGGUGGCAGGAGGAGCACAGUCUGAGACCCCUGUAAACAGUUUUGGGGUGUUUGUUAAAGGUUUUUGGGUGUCUGUUAGAGGCUGGGGUAACCUUGCUCAGCACACACCCCUCCUGCAUUCUGCUGCUGCAGAAUUGAAACUGGAUGUAUCUGAUGUUGAUAUAAGUGCUACCAAUUUAGUCUGUUUCUAGUUUAGCCUUAACAGGAGUGCUGUGUGGAUCCUAGCAGGCCUGUAGCAACACAUCCUUAUCCAGGUGUCAGGGGAAAGAAGUUGCUGCUCUCUGACAGGGUCGGGUUUGGUAAUGCCAGCACUGAAACAACAAAACAAGGAAACACAGGUACCACCUUCUCUUAGCCCGUGAACAAACUCCAACAGAGCUCCAUCCCACCAAAGCAAAGGGAAAACAUGGAACUCUCUUGGGAGACCAGGGCUCCUUGGAUCAUUCCUGCCAGGGCUGUAGCUUCUGUUUUUAUUUAUAGACUUUGGAAGGCAGCAGACUGCUUUCCUACUUAAAUUUAGGGUUGCACUGGAGAAGUUGGUGCAUAUGCCUUGUUGGUUGGCCCCUGGUGGGAUGGAGUAGUGGCUCGAAUUGUGUUUUAUUUUGAUAGCUUGUAUCUAACAAAUAAAAGAGCAGUUUUCCCUGAAUUCCAGGUCAUCUACCUCACCUGGAAGCCUUUGUUUCAGCUGACUUUAUCUCCACAUGUCCUUCACACCUAGCCUCCUGUAGUUAAUUCCAGAUCUCUCUGGCCUUCUCAAGCCUCAAGUUUAGCAAAGUGUGCUCUAAACUGUAUAAUGGUUAUGAACAGGUUGCUCCACAAAAACUGCCACUGCUCCUAGGGCAAGGCAAAGCAAGGCCAGCAAUCCAGAACAGGCACUGAAGUGGAGAUUAGCUUAGUGCCAUGUCACUAUUUAUCUCUUUCUACUGUAAAACACUAUAAAUUCUCCAGAAAAUUAUUGUUCCUGUUAAAGGUAACAGCUUACUGUUUGUGAUGUAGACCCAGUUAUUGUUACUAUAAAGGAAGGGAAAUACUGUUACAGGGAGAUGUAACACAGAACUGGUACAGGCUCCAGGCUGCAUUUCACAAAUGUGUUCUGUCAACAGGAGGCAUGAUGCAACUGCUCUUCGGGGGCACUUGAGACUCCCUCCUCACUGCAGAGUGCAGGUUACUUUACUCAGGAGAGUUGAGCAUUAUUUACAUACUUAGCAUUUCACUAUAGCACACACUGUACCUGUGUUUGAAGUAUGUCAAAGGAUUGAAUUCGUUGAGUAAUGGAACAGCAAGGAUCACUUUCAUACUUCGUAAUUUCUCCACUGGGCAUUUAAACUUCAGUUAUGAAAUCUGUAUGUAUUCAUACAUUGUAUUUCUCAGUGAAACUGUGGUACUUAGUGCAAGCUGUCAUGGGUCUUAACACUACUGAAUUUUAGUCCUUCAGGAAGAAUGUGUUUCUAUUAAUAAAGAUUUACAACCAAA